AUAACCGAAAGCAACAUGGAGACCUAUGGUAGGAGUAAGAGUAAGACGAAGAGUAAGAUGAAGACUAAGAGGGAGAGGAAGAGUAAGCUGAAGACUAAGAGGGAGAGUAAGCGUAAGCUGAAGACUAAGAGGGAGAGUAAGAAUAAGGUGAAGAGUAAGAUUAAGAGGGAGAUUAAGAGGAAGAGUAUGAGUAAGGGUAAGAGGAAGGGAAAAGUCAAGACCAAGACUCCCAAGAUCAAAACUUUUGAAUAUAAUAAAGAGGAUAAGGACAUCGGAGAAAAUAAGGCUAAGAUGGAUCUCCAGGAGAAUCCUCAUAUAAAGCUGGAGUAUAAACCCCUGAAGAAGUACAGGAGUGGCUGCACCUACGAGGGCCAAUGGAAUAAAGUCACUGGCAUGAAGCAUGGAAAGGGCACUUAUGUGUGGAAGGAUGGGGGAGAGUACGAGGGAGACUGGAAGAAUGAUAAAUGGCAUGGUCACGGAACUUAUACUUACCCAAGCGGAGACUCUUACGAAGGAGAAUGGAAGAAUGGUCAAAAACAUGGAAAAGGAAAGCAUACUUGGGCUGAUGGAAAAGUGUAUGAAGGAGACUAUAAAACCGACCAUGCUAAUGGCUUUGGGACACUGUGGGAAACAAACGGAGACAAGUACGAGGGAUUCUUUGCAAAUGAUAAAAGGAAUGGGAAGGGAACCAUGACUUACAAUGAUGAAAGAAAAUUUGUGGGACUGUGGGAGAAUGGAGAACAAAAAGAAGGACAGUUUGUGGAGAACGAAAAGAAGAUAGAGAAUAUCGAAAAGGAAGCGGACAAGAAGGAUGCAGUCACUCAAGGUCAGAAAACUCCAAAAAUUUCGAAGAAGAAGAGAAAGAGUAAAACACCUAAAGUUGAAGAUGAAGAUGAAGAUGAAGGAGGUAUGGUAUGUUGGGGAUGGAUUUGCUGCAAAAAAGAAAAAAAGGUAAGCAAAUAA